AUGGCCAGCAGAAUCUUCCAGUCAAGCCUCAGCCAGGCCAAGGUAUCGGAGCUGCUGAGGGACACUAGGGCUCUGAAGGAGGCCUUUGAGGCAGGGAACCUGCCAGCAAUAGCCUCCAAGUUGCAGGCGACACUUGAUUUGCUGGAGAAUGUCAGGCUGGACAUUGGCAUUACCGGUGGGACAGGUUCAGGCAAGUCGACCUUUGUCAAUGCCAUCCAGGGGCUGGGAGAUGAGGACCCCAACUCGGCCUGCACGGGUGUGGUGGAAAUGACUGUGGACCCCAUGCCGUACCCAGACCCCAAGUACCCCAACGUCAUCAUCUGGGACCUGCUGGGCAUAGGCACACCCACCUUCUGGGCUGACAGAUACCUCAAGCGGGUGCUGCUGGACCAUUACAACUUCUUCAUCAUCAUGACGUCAGAGCGCUUCACUGCCAACCACGCCCGGCUGGCCCGCGAGAUCCUGCGGCGGGGCAAGCGCUCCUACUUCAUCGGCUCCAAGGUGGACGUGGACGUUGCCGCCUCGCGCAGCCGCCGCCCCAGCACCUUCUCCGAGGAGAGUGCGCUCAGCCAGACGCGGGGCGACUGCGGGCAGCGGCUGGCGGCUGGGCAGUACGACUUCCACCUGCUGGGGGAGGCGACGGUGAAGGAUCUGGAGAGCCACAAGCGGCACACGUUCCUGAUGGCCCUGCCCAACACCUCGAAGCCCAUCCUAGAGAGGAAGGCGGCCUCGCUGCGGCGGCACAUCUGGCUGGUGGCCACGGUGGCCCGCGGUGUCAACUUGGGUCCCGUGCUCGGCGUACAGGAUGUGGCGUGCGGCCUGUACGCGCUCAUGCACUCCCUGGAAGACUACCGCCUCAGCUUCGGCCUGGACAAGGAUGCCCUGGUGGUGUGGGGCCUGAAGACCCAGGUCAGCGAGGCGCUGCUGGCGGAGCUGCUGGGCCAGGCCUCCGGGGGCGCCUCUGCUUUCACCCAGGAGCUCCUAGACGUGCCCAUCCUGGGCACCCUGGCUGCCUGCAGUACCUCCUUCGCCGCCGUUGACCAGAUGCUCAGCACGUCCCUGGGCGUGGCAGUCAAGCAUGCCCAGGGCGUGCUGACUCAGGCCCUUCUCCACAACUCUGACCACAAGCUUCCAGAGAAAUGCAAUCAAUAA